CUAAGCGCUUCGCCUUCAGCCAUUAGUAAGUAUGGCCGCAUCUACUUCCGCCGGGCCAGGGAGGGUCAAGGGUAACGCAAGAUGGCGGCGCCCAUAAGCAGCUAAGGCGUGAAGCGGAGGAUGCUGGCGGCGGCCGGGACUCUUCUGGGGCGACGGCUGAGGUGGUCGGCACCGGCCCGCGAGCACUGGAGAGCGGCCGGGAGCUCACGGAGCCGGCGUGAGGCGGCCGAGGCCGAGGCGGACGCGCCGGUGUUCCAGUAUGUGGGCGAGCGCGCGGUCCGCGCCGAUCGAAUCUUCGUAUGGGGCUUCAGCUUCUCGGGGGCUCUCGGAGUUCCCAGCUUCGUGGUGCCGGCCUCGGGGCCCGAACCCCGCGCUGGGCUGCGGCCCCGACGCAGGAUCCAGCCGGUACCUUACCGCCUGGAGCUGGACCAUAAGAUUUCCUCUGCUGCCUGUGGCUAUGGAUUCACACUGCUGUCCUCCAAAACCAAGGACAUUACGAAAGUUUGGGGCAUGGGACUCAACAAAGAUUCUCAACUUGGAUUCCACAGAAGCCGGAAGGAUAAAACCAGGGGCUAUGAGUACGUUUUGGAGCCUUCGCCUGUCCCGCUACCCCUCGACAGACCUCAGGAAACAAAGGUGUUGCAGGUGUCCUGUGGCCGAGCACACUCCCUUAUCCUGACAGACCGAGAAGGUGUCUUCAGCAUGGGGAACAAUUCCCACGGGCAGUGCGGACGGAAGGUGGUGGAGGACGAAGUGUACAGUGAGAGUCACAAAGUGCACAGGAUGCAGGACUUUGAUGGACAGGUGGUUCAGGUUGUCUGUGGUCAGGACCACAGCCUGUUCCUCACAAACAAAGGGGAAGUCUAUUCUUGUGGAUGGGGUGCCGAUGGACAGACAGGCCUGGGUCACUACAAUAUCACCAGCACACCCACCAAGCUGGCCGGAGACCUUGCUGGGGUGACAGUUGUUCAGGUUGCCACCUACGGUGAUUGCUGCUUGGCUGUGUCCUCAGAUGGAGGUGUCUUUGGCUGGGGAAAUUCUGAGUACCUGCAGCUGGCCUCGGUCACAGACUCCACUCAGGUUAAUGUCCCUCGGUGCCUGCCUUUCUCUGAAGUAGGCAAGGCGAAGCAGGUGGCUUGUGGUGGCACGGGCUGUGCUGUAUUGAAUGAAGAAGGACAUAUCUUCGUCUGGGGCUACGGAAUUCUUGGGAAAGGACCAAACCUCUUGGAAACAGCUCUUCCAGAAAUGAUUCCACCUACGCUCUUUGGCUUGACGGAAUUCAACCCUGACGUCCAGGUUUCCCAGAUCCGAUGCGGUCUUAGCCAUUUUGCCGCACUUACCAAUAAGGGGGAACUGUUCGUGUGGGGCAAGAAUAUCCGAGGGUGCUUGGGAAUCGGACGCCUUGAAGACCAGUAUUUCCCAUGGAGGGUGACGAUGCCCGGUGAGCCUGUGGACGUGGCAUGUGGUGUGGAUCACAUGGUAACUCUGGCCAAGUCAUUCAUCUGAAUCUCCUUCUGGGCCCAUCCCAGGCUGGCCCCAGAGUAUGAACUAUACCGACAGCAACAGCUUUGCAGAGGCAAGGUGUGGCCACCAGCAGAGCUUCUGAGGAUGCUGGGAGAGGGCCAGGGCCUGUGUGGAGCAGGGGUCUUACUUUGUGUCCAGUGGAGACGUAAUAGGAGUCUGUGGACAAGACCUUUCCCUGCUGCUGAGGCUCCUGGCCUGGUGUGCUCCCGAGGAGUACCAGGGCAUAAGGCCCUAGGAUGGCAGGCUUUUAUCUUAGGGGACAUUUGUUAUUCGUGGCACAUUGGAGACAUGACAAGGCAUUCAGGAGAAUCUGUAGUCCCCUGUCACAACAGGACACACUUGGGCCUCUGGCUGGCCCAGCUCAGCAGGAGAGCCAGCUAACUUCAGCCAGGGCCUCUUUGAUCAGCUGCCACCCCACAAGCUCCCCAGGACACAGUCCGGGAGCCCAGAAUGCCUUGGCUUGAGACCCUUUAUGGAGCAGCCAGUGUGAGCCAGCCUCCCCCAUGGGUCUACAGUAUCCCAGCCUUGGAGCCAUCUCUCUGCCUGGCUCUGAACUGUCCAGAAGCCCCUGAAGAAAGAGGCUGCAGGCCAAAUGCUUGUGGGCCGAGGGCUGUGGAAUCUUGGCUGGAGGGCCAGUCUCGGAGUAGGAAGCAUCAGAAACUGGGAAAGUACUUGUUUUUAAGAAAACUUGUCUUUUCAGAACAGUGUUUGAAAAGUUAUUUUAGAAUAAAGUCUAUUUUCUGCCUUUUUAAAGAUGGAGGUCUUGGAAAUGUUUCACUAGAUCAUUUCGAGACCCUAGGAAACAAACAGAAGCCUGAGGAGAACACUUCGGAAGGCAGUCCCACCUGGGAUGUGUUUUGUGUGUGCAGUUGCAUGUGUGCAUGUGCACACGGGUGUGCAUUCAUGUGGAGGACAGGACAGUGUCAAGUGUCAUUCCUCAGGUGCUAGCCGUCUUAUUAUUGAGAUGGGGUAUCACUUUCUAGACCAGGUUGGACUUGAACUUGCAGAGUUCUGCUUGCCCUUGCCUCCCAGAGUGCUGGGAUUAAAAGCUUACACCACCAUACCCAGCUCCACCUUAUGUUUGGAUCUCUCCCUUCCUGAAAGUUCCCAAGAAGGCUGGCUGGCCUGAGAGCCCCAGGGAUCCUUCUGUUUCUGUUUCCCCAGAGCUGGGACUUCAGGCACAUGAUGCCAUGCUUGCCUUUUUUCCCAUGGGUUCUGAUGACUGACCCCGGGCCGUCAGCUUGUCAGGCAGGCACUUAACCCACUGAGUCAUCUCCCUAGCCCUGAACAGAUACAUUCUUCAGCUGGGGAGAGCUGGUGCCUGAGUCACUAAUUACCAUCUUUCACACUGCCUGCUACACCCCACCCGCUACUUGUUCACUCUACAGGUACGUGUGGGCCCCUUAAGUGCAGGCGUGGACCACUGAGUCAUGUGGUGGAAGAAUCCCUGCUUUGUGCAGCCUGGGGAAGGAAAUGGACAUUAUUAUACAAAAUACAGAGUUUGGUAGCUGCUUGUGUGGGCUGUGGAGGAAAGCAAAGUUUUGCACCAAAUACUUGACAGCAACAAUUUAAAGGAUUUAAUUUGGCUCUCAGUUUCAGAGGGUUCUAACCCAGCAUGGCAGGAAAGGCACAGCGGAGUUUCUGGGGGCUGGCGCAUGGGGUAGAGGCCUCUCACUUGGCGGAUCAGGAAGCAGCAUGCAAUCGGACUGGACUACCACCUUUAAGGACCACCCCCCAGUGGCCUACUUCUGUUGUCCAGGCCCCACUGACCCUCUAACGUGCCAGUCUUCCAGAAAAUACCACCUGUGGUGGAGCACACACAUUCAACACGUGAGCCCGUGGGGGACAUUUCAAAUGAAAACUCUAACAUGGAGAAAACCUAACAAGGAAGUGGGAUGUGUCAGAAGGUUGAGGGGUCAACAAGCAGGAUGUCAUGAGGACCAGUUGGCUGGUGUUGGAGGGGAUGGCUGUUUUGGCAGUUACAGGGCCCCUUCACCCAGGUGGAUCUGCCCCCGGUUCUCUUCAAGGGCUAGUCGUAGGCUUACAAUAGGAAGGGCUGCUGUGAACUUGAAAUAGAAGUUGAGUGGGCGAGAUGGUUCAGUUGUUAAGAUCAGUUACUGCUCUUACAGAGGACUUGAGUUCAAGUCCCACACCAGGCAGUUCAUAAAUGGCUGUAACUCUAGCUCCAGGGAAUCUGACACCCUUUUCUGCUUCUCAGAGUGUCUGUAUGCAUGUGUACAUACAUGCUCCUGUCACCACAUACACAUGACUAAAAAUGUUUUUAAUGUAAAAAGUCCUUAGAAAAUUAAAGGGGCCAGGAACAUGUCUCUGGUAAGGUCUUUGAUUAUAGCAUCCACGAAGCCCUGAGUCCGAUUCCUAGCGCCUCAUAAACAGGAUGUGGCGGCACAUUCCAGUAGCUCAGACUGGCAGGACCUGGAGGCAGGAGGAUCAGCUCGAGGUCAUCCUGGGCUACAUAUUGAGUCAGGCCAG